CGUAAUCGUUGUCGCUAUCAUCAUCGCCAUUACUAAUGUUGAAGAUGAUGGAGAGGAGGAGACGAUCUCACUUAAACGAAUCUGUCAUUGAAAUACACUUUGAUUUUAAUAAGGUUUGUAAUAAAUGUUUUUCCUCCUUAAAUUUAUGGAUAGUGGUUUGCUGGAGAAAGACGGCAUUAUCGAUCUGUUCGAAUUUGCCCAUGUGUAAAUUCUAUUGAUGUUUUAAGGGUUCUUAAUCUGAAAUUAUAGGACAUCUCCUAAAAAUGUAAAAAUCAAUGAGAAAAAAAUGAAUUAAAUGAAAAUCAUAAUUAAGAAGUUAAAAUAAAAAUACUGAGACCACUUCGAUAAAAUAACUAUAUUAAAAUGGCAACAAAGGCAAUACAGCUGCCAUUAAAUUAGGUUAAUGAGGCGAAACAGUCCAAGUAAAAAGAAGAUAUGUGAUUAAAGGAAACCACUUCCUAUUGAUUGGUUUGAUGUAGUUUAUUUAUUGCAUUUGAUGCAUUUAUUUCGAGGAAGAUUUUACAUUUAUUCAUCGUAGAAAUAUUCAAAAGGUUGUCGACAUAUUUGAUACUCACUUGGAAUAAUUGCUUUGGGUGUGUCUUCCUAGAACAUACAUUGACAAGCUGGAUGAAACACAAAGACCAGCCACUCAGCGGAUUGUCAUAAAGAAAACCAUCUUGUGAACAUCAUCAAAGAAAUCAAAGAAAGAAAAAUAUCAUAAAAAUAAAUGUUUCGCUGAGCGUCCGGUGGCCAUGUAUAUUUCCUUCAUUGAAGCAGAACACUGAUUGAAGAAAACGAAGAAGCUGAUAACAUUAAUCUAACAUCAAUGAACUUCAAAAGACCCUGCAUCAAAGACUCGUUUCCCAUCUGAUAUGAAGUUUUUGUAGGCUGAAUUGUCAGUAUUUCUGUAAAGAUAAACAGAAUUCAUCAACGGAAUGCAGCUGUUAUACAGGAAUCUUCAAGAAGAGAAAAUGCGCAUUGAAAUAAAAAUUAGUCUGACGGUUUCCUGAAAUUACAAGAGCAAAAUUUCAUGUUAAAUUCCAAUUGAUGCCAACUCUGUCAACGUUGACAAUAUGACGUAUUAUUUUCAUUAUAAAUCAAGAGGUUUUAUACAGAAGCUACUAAACUUCAGUUUAUAGAAGAAGUAACUGCAAAAUGAACUCAAGACGUAAACUCCGCCGUCUUUACUUCAGUUUAGUUCUUACAAUUUUGGUUUGGGUUUCAUUCGCAUUUUCCGUCGCCCCAGACAAUAAAACAGGAAAAGCUCUCAUCCCAGGAGAUAUUAUUCUUGGGGGAUUGUUUCCUGUCCACCAAAAAGGUGAAGGGGAUAAACCAUGCGGUGAAAUAGAUGUGCAAAGGGCCAUUCAGAGAUUAGAAGCAAUGUUAUUUACGGUAGACCACAUCAAUCAAAAUACUUCUAUCCUCCCCGGAAUCACGUUAGGUGCGGCGAUUCAUGACACUUGUGCUCGAGCAACGUAUGCCCUCGAGCAAUCACUUGAAUUCGUCAGAGCAUCUAUCAGUACAUUAGACGCAUCUGAAUUUGAGUGUGAGGAUGGGUCGCGAGCAAAAGCGAAGUAUAUUCCAACAGCUGUAGCAGGUGUUAUUGGUGGCUCUUCGAGUAGUGUUUCGUUACAAGUAGCAAACCUUCUAAGACUUUUUCACAUACCACAAAUAAGCUAUGCAUCAACGAGUGCAGCCCUCAGUGAUAAAACGCGAUUUGAUUAUUUUGUACGUACAGUGCCACCGGAUACUUUCCAAGCAAUAGCAAUGGUUGAACUCGUCCAAGCUUUUAACUGGACAUAUGUUUCAACGGUUGCAUCACAAGGAGACUAUGGUGAAUCGGGAAUUGAUUAUUUCCAACAGGAGGCUCGUUUGAGAAAUAUUUGUAUAGCUACUACUGUUAAAAUUCCUACCAAUUCAAAAACCGAAACUUUUAAAUACAUAAUCAGGAGAUUGUUGGAGAAGAAAAAUGCAAGAGUUGUUAUUCUCUUCGUCCGCAUCGAGGACGCGACUAGUAUACUCGAGUCAGCCACAAGAAUGAACGUUACAAACCACUUUGUAUGGAUAGCUAGUGAUGCUUGGGGUCGUCAACCCCAUCCAGUUAAAAACAACGAGAAAGUAGCAGAAGGCGCAUUGACUAUAGAACUUACUUCAACGGUAAUACCUCAAUUUGAUGAUUAUUUUCAACGAUUAGACCCUUAUCUGAAUACAAGAAAUCCAUGGUUUACAGAGUAUUGGGAAAAAGUUCACAGCUGUAAAUGGAAGACUGAGGAGCGGUCGGCACCAUUGCUUCUAAAUGAAAUGCCACAUCAAAUAUGCAAUGGCGAUGAAACACUUGAACCUGGAUUCUAUAAACAAGAGGGCAAAGUACAGUUUAUUUAUGACGCCGUCUACGCAAUGGCUUUAGCAAUACAUAGAAUGCAGCAAGAUGUCUGCCCUAGAACGACGAAACUUUGUGAGCGAAUGAAAAAGAUUGAUGGUGAAGUCCUGUUAAAAAAAUAUCUCCUCAACACAUCGUUCUAUGAUGGGUACGGCGCCCAAGUUCAGUUUGACAAACAAGGUGAUGCGCUUGGCCGCUACAGUAUAUUCAACUACGCAUACGACAACCUUACAGGCCAAUAUGCUUAUAAACACGUAGGAACGUGGGGCAAAAAUCACUUGGAACUCACUGGGGAUGAAAUUACGUGGAGCGGGGGAACAGACCUAAUACCAAUGUCCAGAUGUAGCAGACCCUGCAAUUAUGACGAGGUGAAAUCGGUACACGACACUUGUUGUUGGAUUUGCAUCAAGUGCGAAGACUGGGAAUAUCUGUAUGAUGAAUACUCAUGCAGAGACUGCGGCCUCGGCCGAUGGCCCAACGCCACUAAGCGUAGUUGCUUUAGUCUUGAGCUUCAGCACAUGACUUGGAACAGCAUCUACGCCAUCGUGCCGCUCUCACUGUCGUGCCUCGGUAUCAUCGGUACGGUUACUGUGAUGGUAACUUUCGUACGAUACAACGACACGCCAGUUGUGAUGGCAUCUGGCCGAGAGCUCAGUUACAUGCUUCUCAGUGGUUGUUUGUUUUGUUAUCUAAUGUCAUUUAUACUUAUAGCCAAACCGUCAAUGUUCAUAUGUUCCGUACAACGGAUCGGAGUCGGUUUCGGCUUUGCAAUAAUUUACUCGGCGCUCCUAACUAAGACUAACCGUAUAUCUCGAAUAUUCUACAACGCUCGCCGCUCAGCCCGGCGUCCCCCAUUCAUUAGUCCACGAUCUCAGAUCGCAAUAGCUAGUAUCUUAAUAUCGAUUCAGAUUGUUUUUACAGUAAUAUGGCUGGUUUUGGAACCACCAGGCACUCGACAUUAUUUCCCUUAUAACAAGAGAAAUGAAGUUAUACUCAAAUGUAAAACGCGAGAUAUAUCGUUCCUAGUUUCAUUAAUAUAUAACAUGCUUCUCAUUAUAAUAUGUACUGUUUACGCUGUCAAGACAAGAAACAUACCAGAAAACUUCAAUGAAUCAAAAUUUAUUGGUUUUUCAAUGUACACAACGUGCAUCAUUUGGCUUGCAUUUGUUCCGAUUUAUUUCGGGACACUGAACGCAUUCCAGAUUCAGAUCACCACACUCUGCAUUUCAAUAAGCUUGAGUGCUUCAGUGGCUCUUCUCUGCCUUUUCGUCCCCAAAAUGUACAUUAUUCUUUUCCAUCCUGAGAAGAACGUACGAAAGCUGAUAAUGAACUCGGCCACCUAUAAGCGGGCUCCUACCAGUAGUGCCACGAUAACUACCGCAACCAACCACGGUACAUUUACUGAGCACAUAAAACUCAAUGUGCAGAAUUCGGCACAGGGAGGAGCAGUCUGCAGUCCCACAGACAUCAAAACGGACAAAGAUAGUGUGGCGUCAUUGUGAUCCUAAUGACACGAGUGGUUCUUCAGAGAACAAUGCAGAGAAGCCCUGUGGAAUAUCUGAACAAUAAUUUCUACGAAGAGAAUGCGCACUAUAUCGAUACAUAUACGAGUAUAUGACCAUAAUUUGCAUAUAAACAAAUGCAUAUACACAACCAUAUACAUACAUAUAUACAUAUAUGAUAAGUAAUAUAUGAUAUAUGCAUAUAUAUAUAUAUAUAUAUAUAUAUAUAUAUAUAUCAGUAUGUAGUGUGUAUAUGAUGGGAAAUUUUAUGUAUAUUCACUUAUGCGUAUAUACGUAAAAUAUAUAAGUGAAAUUCUGUACGCAUUCGUCUUUAAUGAAAUGACAGCGGAAACAAAAGCAGAUUCUGUGCAGAUAUAUUUAGACAACAAUAUUACAUACAUUAAUAUAUAUAUAUAUAUAUAUAUAUCAAUUUCACACGAGUAAAUAUAUAUAUACUUAUGUAUA